AUGAUCUCAUCCUAUUUCGCCGGAUGCCUCUAUAUUGUCACUGUGUUAUUGGGCAUAUUUGGGAAUGCCUGGGUGGUCUGCUCAGUGGCACGAAGUCGAAAGCCAAAAAGUAUGAUGGUUCGGAGUUCGCCGUCCGACCGACUACGAGCUUACAUCUCAGUGCUCGCCGUCAUCGAUCUGACAGUCCUCAUGGCACUUCUUGUCAGAAGCAUGUAUUUAUUUCUACCGCAUUUUAUGCUAGAUUCCAACAGUUGUCGGGCAUUAUUUGUUCUGGAAAACAGUGUGAAAAUCACCUCGCUAACCGUGCUAUCAUGCAUUUCAAUUGAACGAUAUAUCACAAUCAGGAAGCCAUUUUGUAGUCAGAUUCGACGCCAAUUCAUCAAUUUGACACCAUUGACCGCGGCUCUUUUUGUGUGCAUUGUCGUCGCAUCAAUUAUUGUUCAGAUCAACUCGGUUACCGUAUCCACCGACGGCUUGAACUGUGUUCGGUCAUAUCGCGGAAAAGCGGCGCCGCGAAUCGCCUCGUAUCUGACGGCCGUCGCAUUCCUUGUCGAUUUGACGCUCAUCUCGCUGAAUUACUCGCAAAUCGUUCGACACGUUCGGAGGAAAUUCACGAAGCGAAAAGCGCGAGUGCAAGCGAACUCGAGGGUCCGCGAAUCGCUGGUAAACGAGCCUCGGUAUAUGCGAGAAAUGACCGCUGCCAUCAUCCGAGUCGGUGUGUUCCAUGUCGUGUGCUGGCUGCCAAUGUCCCUUCUCCAGAUCAUUCCUGAUAAUACAAUUCAAUCGGAGCUAACCGCCGGUGUUCGAAUGUUCAACAAUUUUCGAGACUUCAGCAUCACCCGCUGGAUGAUCUUCAUCUCAAGCUGGUUGACGUACACGAACGCGGCUGGUGAUUGGAUUUUUUACGCAGCGAUGAAUCGCGAUUUGCGAAAUCUCAUCAGAUUCGCGACUGAACGUCGAAAACGCUCAACAAUGUCUCACGCAGCUUCUCCUUCAACCAACCGAAGUCUCCGUCAGCAGAUUCCUUCGAUGAAAAUCCUUCACUCAAUCUCCUAUCGCAGCAGCGUCGGCGGCUCGAUCGAUGAUGCCGCUGUCGCCUCAUUCGUCCAAGGCUCGCCGAAAGAUUCAAACGUCUCGCACGAGAUCGGCAGCACAUUCGGAAUCCGCUCAAAAAUCAGCAUCAUCUCAAAAAAGGCAUCCGAUGCCGAAAUGGUGUGA